AUGACGAAGGAAUGUGAAGAUAUUGUAGAACAGGAAUUUGAAGAUAUAGAAAUUGAAAAAGAACAAGAAAUUGAAGUUGGAACGGAAGAGGAUAAUAAUUUAGUGAGGUGGAGACGAGGGCAGCCUGAGAAAUGGAAAAGAAAUGUUUCUGUAAAAAAAAGAAAAUUAUCCAAAAAACCAUUAGCGAUAGAUUGUUCUAAAUGUAAGUUUAAAUGUUCGAUAACUUUCAAUGAGGAUUAUAGAGUUCAAUUAUGCAGGGAAUAUUGGUCACUUGAUUAUGCACAGCAAAAAAAUUUCAUUUUGUCUCGUGUAUCCCAAUAUUCUGUUAAACGACAUGUUCCUAUAACAGGUUCGAGAAUCGCUAAACAAACAUUUAAAAAUUAUGAAUUUUUGAAUGACAAUACUCCAAUUCGUGUUUGCAAACCAUUUUUUUUAAAAACCCUUUCUAUUAGUCAUGGACCGGUUGAUAAAGCUUUGAAAGUUAUAAUGAAAAAACCGGAAUUCAUAUUCACACAGACAAUAGAGGAAAGAAGGAACCAGUAA